AUGAGUAGUAAAAGUUGUCUAUCAUUAAGUGAAAGUAAAUUUAAUAAUGAUAAUAGCUUGAGUAUAACUACUGGGAAUGACUGUGGAGUAAUGCCUGAGAUUCAGAAUAUUAUUGCCAGUGUUCAUUUACAAUGCGAAUUAGACCUAAGAUCUAUUGCAAUUAGCGCAAGAAAUGCAGAAUAUAAUCCAAAGAAAGUAAAUGCUGUUGUAAUGCGAUUGAGAGAACCAAGAUGCACAGGAUUACUUUUUCGUAGUGGCAGAAUGAUGAUAACAGGAGCAAGAAAUGAAAAUGAUGCACGUUAUGGUGGCAAGAAGAUGGCUAAAAUUUGCCAAAAGAGUGGACAUCCUAGGGUUAAAUUUAGCAAUUUCAGGAUGGAAAAUAUGAUUGCUACUGCAGAUUGUAAAUUUCCAAUUAGACUUGAAGGGCUUGCAUAUGAUCAUAGAGAAUUUUGUAAUUAUGAGCCGGAAUUAUUUCCUGGUUUGGUUUAUAGGUAUCAUCCUGAGAAUUCUCCAACAAAAGCUGUUAUACUAUUGUUUGUUUCUGGAAAGGUUAUUGUUACUGGUUGCAGGAGCUAUAAAGAAAUUUGUAGUGUAUUUGACAAUAUAUAUCCAGUUUUAUGUCAAUAUAGAAAGUAA